AUGUUGGAGUGCUUCGGCUGCUUCGGGCUGCAGGCAGGUCUGCGAGACUUGCAGACAGCUGCAGGGUCCUCAGGUGAGAGCCGGAAGUGGCUUCUCAGCACAUCUGCUAUGGAAGCGUCCAUGACUCGAGGUAGUCAGCUUGAAGGUGCGGAUGCCUCCGCAAAGGACGCUGGUGGCACCGCAUCGGCCAACAACGAGGAUGCCGCAUGA